UCUAUUAUUGGCAGUUGUUGGCGAAUGUUACAUUAAAACGGGCGAAAUUAAGUGCUAAGGACAACUGAAAGAAAAAUUAUAUGUUUACACGAAUAUGAUGAAAAUCAUUUUAUAAUAAAAACAAACAUAAAAGGAAAAGAAAACAAGAAAAAUUUUAAUGCAAUAAACAAAGAAACGCUGUGUUCACGUUCACGUUUGUCUAACAAACAAAGACAGAUUUUAAAAUUGAAAAAAAAAAAAACAAAAAAAAAAACAAAAAGCAAAGCAACAAUUAACAGCAUACAUAUAACAACACACAAUAAAAAAUAAAUAAAGAAAAAUGCGUCUUCACAUCUUCGGAGCAACUGUUGCGCUCCUUCUAGUACUGGUGUCCGGUGAAGAUUAUUCGAAUUUUGAGAAUCAUAAUGAAAAUGAUGAUGGCCAACCCGUAUCGGAAAAACCCAUUAAAGUCGUUCAUGUAUUGCAACCGGGCGAACGUGAAUAUCUUUCACCGAAUCUGAUUGGCCUACAAAAUAUUGCUAUGACAUUUUUACCAUUAACAAUGAAUUUCAUUAACAUUAUCGAUGCUUACCGUGAAAUAGUUAACGGUGUCAGAUAUGAAAUACUGUUGAACGCUAUAAAUACGGAGGACAAUGAUGAGGACAUUGUAUGUCGUUUAGUUAUAUUGGAAAAACCAUGGUUACGCACGCAAUGGGGUGAUAAAGUUCGUGAACUACAGUACACGAAUUGUACGUCAUCAACGGGAACGGAUAUUGCCGAUAAUUCGUUUAAUCGGGCCAAUAAUAUCAAUGAUAAGUAUGUUAAGAGUACUGUUUUUAAUGGAGGUUCGCGUAAUGAACUCUCCAACGAUGAGAUAAAGAGAUUAGAAGAUCAAAUUUUCCCUUCUGCCAUUAGUUCGAAACGUGAUCCAAGCCGUUAUCAUUCAACUCUUACUACGACAACAUCUGCUAGCGUUGAAAAGAGUUACGAUGAAAGUGAUAAAGUCACUUCCACCGAAUCAUCAAGUGAAAUGGAGACCACUACGACGUUGCCACGCGAAAUUUCACUUGAAGAAAUAGAAACGUCAUCGACAUCAGUUGCAUCCGAACUAAGUGAGGAUGAUAAGCAAUGGUUGGAUAAUUUCUUUUCAAUUGGUGCCCUAAGCUUUGAUAACUCUCGACGAGAUGCUACGUUGACAUCGUCGUCGUCAUCGUCAUCGUCAUCGUCAAAGGAUAAUGAUGAAAACACAGAGAUUGCUUCAGAUGCUUCGGAUAAUAGCAAACAACAGCAACGGGCGUCUGAACAGGAGAACGUAAAUGGGCCAUUAGUGAGAAGCAGACGUUCUCCUGGCGGCUUGCCUGGUGGAGUUUCGGAACUAAGUCAUGAAGAAGCUGAAAAACGCUUAAAUAACUCGCUCGAAAAAUUGGCAACUGGUGAUGGACCAACAUAUAGACUUUCAAAAAUUUAUACUGCAACCACACAAGUCGUCGCUGGUAGCCUUACAAAAAUCAAUUGCGAUCUGGUUGAUGCCGAUGGCAAAGAGGAACGCUGCGAUGUAGAAAUAUGGUCACGGCCAUGGUUAAGUGACGGUACAGAAGUUACAAUAAAUUGUCCCGACAAAGAGCUGAUAAAGCAGCGUCACAGUCGCUCAGCGUUGGAAUACGCUGAAAAGAAAACUCAUAAAAAAUCGAAUCAUCACAAUUUAAAUAAAGUCGAGCAUUUAUUCGCAAAAUUUCAAAUUAAAUUUAAACGCAACUAUCACACCACUAUGGAGAAACAAAUGCGUUUUCGUAUAUUUAAACAAAACCUGCAGCUCAUUGAGGAACUGAACCGUAAUGAACAAGGGAGCGCUAAAUACGGCAUAACUGAAUUUGCGGACAUGACCAGUCCGGAAUAUAAACAACGCACCGGCUUAUGGCAAAGAGAUCCGCAAAAAGCCGCCUCUAAUCCUAAAGCCGAAAUUCCAAACAUCGAUUUACCCAAAGAGUUUGAUUGGAGAGAAAAGGGUGUAAUUUCACCGGUUAAAAAUCAAGGCAAUUGCGGUUCAUGUUGGGCUUUUAGUGUUACCGGUAAUAUUGAGGGUUUGCAUGCUGUCAGAACUGGUGUCUUGGAGCAAUACUCUGAACAAGAAUUAUUGGACUGUGAUACUUCGGAUUCGGCAUGCAAUGGCGGUCUACCAGAUAAUGCUUUCGAAGCAAUUGAAAAAAUUGGUGGCUUAGAGUUGGAAUCCGAUUAUCCUUAUCAUGCUCGGAAAGAUCAAUGCCAUUUUAAUAGCACCAAGAUCCACGUUAAAGUGAAAGGUCAUGUCGAUUUGCCUAAAAACGAAACUGCUAUAGCUCAGUGGUUAAUAGCCAAUGGACCGAUAUCGAUUGGUAUUAAUGCGAACGCUAUGCAAUUUUAUCGUGGAGGCGUUUCACAUCCUUGGCACAUUUUGUGCUCGAGUAAAAAUCUGGAUCAUGGCGUGCUAAUCGUGGGCUACGGAGUAUCAGAUUAUCCAAUGUUUAAGAAAACCUUACCGUAUUGGAUUGUCAAGAAUUCGUGGGGCAAAAAAUGGGGUGAGCAAGGUUACUAUCGCGUAUAUCGCGGCGAUAAUACUUGUGGUGUUUCUGAAAUGUCCAGUAGUGCCGUAUUAGACGAUUAUUAAGCUCAAAUUUAUAUUUAAAUAAAAAUGACGUAAAAAGAAACAUCAUGUGCCAAAUAUACUUUUAGUAUAUGGGCACAAUUGAAACAAAAUAAUUGGGUGUGGCUAUUUAAGAAAAUUUCUAAUACAAAAUAUUGGCCAUCUGAUCACAUAUUCACUUACUUACAAUAUCCAAAAAGGGAAUCAUAUACUUUUUUUUUUAUUUUUAUUUUUUUUAUAUGCGUACAUAAACAGUUAUAUAUAAAUGUAGAGAAUAGUAAUUGAAUCCCAUGUAUGCAAAAGUUUAUUAAUAAAUAAAUAAAAAAAAA